UCAACCACCUCAAACAAGAAUGAGGUCGAUGAAGUCAAACCAACACUUGGCAAGUGAAUUUAAAUCAACCAAUAGAAGCGCAGUUUUAGAAGAUUUUAGAGUUAAUGGUAAACAUACCAAACCUGAAUUACACAAUAUAUUUGGCUACGUGACAGAAUUCGCUACUGAUCAAUUGGGUAGUAGAUUCAUUCAACAAAAGCUUGAUAAUGCACCACCAGAAUCUUUGAUGAGGGUAUUUGAGGAGAUAUUCCCUAAUACAGUUGAAUUAUCAUCAGAUGUAUUCGGUAAUUACGUUAUUCAGAAAUUAUUUGAACACGGCACCCAGGAUCAACGUUUGAGACUAGUAAAUAAAAUUAAAGAUUGCGUACCUACGCUCAGCUUCCAAAUGUAUGGCUGUAGGGUCGUACAGAAGGCAAUCGAGUGUGUUGAAGAAGCAGAGCAAUUGGAAUUAGUCAAACGCGUUGAAACAAUAACAGAAAGAGCCGUUCAAGAUCAAAAUGCUAAUCACGUUAUACAACGUAUAAUUGAACGAGUAGAUCCUGACAAAUUGGGUAACUUCCCUGAAGUAUUUGCAAACAACGCAAAAGAGUUGGCUACACAUCCAUAUGGUUGUAGAGUAUUACAAAGAUCAUUUGAACAUAUCGGUCAAGCGCGUUCUCGCGAGUUAAUUGAACAACUUCAUGAAUCAGUCGAUAAUUUAGUCGUCGACAUGUUCGGAAACUACGUCGUACAAUAUUUAUUAGAAUUCGGAACAGAUGAAGACAGAUCUAGGAUAGUAGUAAAAAUCAAUCAACGUUUCUUCGAAUUGGCAAGGCACAAAUUCGCUAGUAACGUAUGCGAGAAAGCUCUGAUAAAGGCAAAUGAAAAGGAUAAGGAGAUGCUCAUAUACAGAUUAAUUGACAGAUCUGAUGAAGCAUCUGUAGAUGGUAUACCCUCACUUAUGAAAGACCAGUUUGGAAAUUAUGUCUUACAGCGUGCUAUUAAUGCCGUAAGUAGAUCACAAGCUCACCUGUUGAUCGCAGCUAUAAGCGAAGAACUCGACAAUAUACGCAAAACCAACCAGAUUCAUAAUAUGUCUUCACAGACAGCGAAACAUGUCCUUGCUAUCGAACGCCUUCUUAGCCAACAUGUCGAAGCAUAAAAACCAAGACAAAGAAAACGCAUAAUAGUGAGAUAAAAUAACUCAUUGAAUAAAAUACUAAAAACAAUUUAUAACACAUUACUUAAUCACUUUUAAAUUAUUUAUUGUCUUCUUAAUCAUAAAAUGCCAUCAGUUCGAGUAACGAAUUUAACGCCUCACAACUUAAAUGUCUGUUUAAAGCAUGUUGCUGCUUUGCAUUUCGAAAACAGCAUCUCACCAGGCUCUACUAUAAAGCUACGUCCAGGGAAGGUUUGGUUUACAUUUGAAGUAAAGGUUGAUACGGGAAAGAAAUCACAGUAUUCUGCUACGAAAUCCGCGAUAACGAUUGGUAUAAUAAGUUUGGCUGUUAUUGCAACAGUGUUGAGUUAUGGUGCACCAGCAGCAGUGGCAGCUAGUGCUGGUGGCGCAGCUGCAGCGGGUACAGCAGCAAGUAGCAGUGCAUCAGCGGGUGCAGCCAAGUUCUUCACAUCUCAAGGGGCAAAUAUAGCCAAGCUUUCAACCUAUUUGAUUGGCAAAUCUGCCAAGAAAGUAUCAGAAGAAUAUGGCGGAAUGUCUGCAGUACAAGAGGAAGUAUUAUCAGUAGUUAAAUCACCAAAUGUGGACAAAGUCACGCGAAUGAAAGCUCUCGAAUCGUUAUCAAAGCUUAAACAAGCAUACAAAGAUGAUAUGAAAGCCAAAGGGAAGACGAAAGAAGCUGAAGACAUAGACAAUGUAUCUAUAGCUUCGAAACCACCUUCAUAUGAGGAUACCGUGAAAGAAAAGAAAGUUGCACGAGUACAUGGAUUGUACGUCAAAGAGAGAUUGGAGUUGGAAGUCCGAGUUGCGAAUGGUGUUCUUGAAGUACGGGAUAAAGCGAAUGAUAAAGUACUUUAAUUAUCUCCACUAGUGGAAGCAUACCUAUCUUCCAAAUCUUCUUGGCCACCGAAACCAGCUUCGUAAUUCAAUUGCUGACGAUCGACGCCAUCGUUAUCUUCGUUAUAUGUGUUGUUGUUGUCAUCCACAUUGUCGUCAUUGAGGCUUGUCAAAUCAGUUGAAUAAUCACUUGUAUUAUCAGAUAAAUCACUAGAUAAGCUACUAUUUGUUGACAUUUUUUAUGUAAAUUCCAAAAAAGGCAAGUAAGUCACUUUAGUAGCUUGAACUUGCAAGUGUCU